UUUUUAAAUUUUUGGUACAGGCGGGGAUCCACUUAUGUUGCCUAGUAUUGGUCUCAAACUCCUGGGCUCAAGCCAUCCACCUACCUCAGCCUCCUAAAGUGCUAGGAUUACAGGCAUGAGCCACUUUACCCAGCUGAAUUUGUAAAUCUUUGUUGCACUUAUUUACAUUGAUGUGACAAAAGGGGCCUAAACAGUUUCCUUGCGUGUAAUAAAUACUACUUCUUUGCGCAACCUACUUUGGAUAAGUGAGGUACUAAAAACAAAACCAAAAAAAGUGAAGCAUUAAUGAAUUACCUCUACAAAGGAAAUAUUAACUAAUCACACCUUCAAAGGAAGAGUGCUCUAAAUCCAAGGUAGUGUUAACAUUUUCAUAACUAGUCCAGACUAUCCUGUCUGCUUGUGAUUACAAUUGUAUUUGCUCAGCAAGCUUCCAGGCCUACCCACUAGACUUUGACGGAAAGUGAGCAGUACUGUACUGACAUCUGCCUCUGCCCCACCCUUAAUUCUGACAUCAGAAAGCACUUCCAAGAAGCUCCUUGGAAUCACUGUAGACAGGGUGAAAAGGAAAUUCACCAGGAGGUUAUUCCAAAGACAUGUUAGCUUUCAGCAUAUCAACAGAUUGUUGAAGGAAAAUGGUGCCAACAGACCCUGCUAGCAAAAAGAAAUAUGAAAUGUGUUCUAUUUUAAGAAAAAAAUCAGGCCCAUUAAAGACAAGUCAUCAUACAUUCUCCAUAGUCGCAAUGGGACAUACUUAGACUAAAAAAAAAUUAUUUGACAUUUCUCCGAAAUUCAAAUUAAAUUGGGCAUCUAAUGUUUUUAUUUGCUAAAUAUGUCAACCUUAUCUAUAUUCAUUCAAGAAAGGACUAUAUUUUCCUGACCACAAAGAAGCAUAAAAUACACUAUUGCUGGUGUUAAUAGAAAUGGUUAUAUCAAAUCCUUUCCACCAAUUCAAAUUUAUUUUAUAUUUAUAAUAGGACAGUGGCAAUCCAUGAUAGAAUUAUGUUGCUUUCUGUGAAGUUAAGAGAAUAUAAUUUUUUGAAUUUUAGUAAAAAACUACGCAUACCACUGUACAUUUCUUACCUAUGAACUUCCAUUAUUGCUAAAGUAAGUUGAUAUGAGCUCAGUUAAACACCCACUAUGACACGUACCUCACUUAACUUAGGCCCAGAGCAAUCACUGCUGCCCUUAGGGCAGCACUGGCUGAAUUUACACAUGGUUAUGAGUUUGGCAUACCAACUUUCUAUAUUUCAGGGCCUCUGAAAUCAAGGACUUCUGAAUGAGACACCAGUCUCUUUCACAUAUUACAUUAAAAUGUCAAAGCAAUACUAUUCCUUUAAAAAAGGGGUAGCAGGUGAACUGGAAGAUAAUACAUUUUUGACAUUAUGGGACUUUCUAGAGUCCUGGAUUAUUCAAAAUGAUUGGAUGGCAAUUUUCUUUAUAAUUUUCCUAGGAAUUAUUUUUGAGAUAAUAUUCAUGAAAACGUGUGCAUACUUUUGGAAGAAUCCCACACUUCCUGAAGAGGGUAGCUCAGAUGUCCAGGAGAGGGAAGACAGUUGCCUGAAGAGCAUGGCAUUUGCUCCAGAGAAUUCGUCAGUUAUGAACUCAUCUUCGGAAGAAAGGGUUGGCACCUUUUCAGAAAAAAGAGUUACUUCAUUACUUACAUCUGAAGAAAAGGAAUGUGACUUUGAAGAUAGAAUUUUAUUAUCACAUGAAAUAAUAUGGUCAGGUACUAGUGAAAGUGAAGAUCAAGUAAGUCACUCUAGUGAAAGUCAUAUGCCAUCUUCAAAUGGAAUCAGCUCAUCUUUGUCAUUGUUUAAUUCAGAAGUAGAGAAAAUGUGUCUAAGCCAUACAGAGCAUCCAAUGAAUAUGAAACAAUACAAUGAAUAUGAAACAAUACAACAUGAAUAUGAAACAAUACAAUUUUCCUCCAAGAAAUUAUUUUCAAUGAUGAAAACCAACAAAAACAAAAAUUCAGAAUUUUCUUCUGAUCUUAGCUUUUCAGCUUCUAGAUUCACUGUAGAAAAUGAAGACUUAGAUGUGGCACCUUGCCCUCCUGCCCAUUUAUUUCUUUCUAGAGAUCAAGUUAGACUUCUGGAAGAAAAUGUGAGAAAUCAAAUUCCUUCAAAACCAAAAGCUAAGUUAGAGAGUAAAACUACUUAUCAGUGCUCAAGAUCUCAACAGUCCUUGAAUCAGAAUCAACCUUAUGUUGGAAUGGUUAUUUCUGUCCAAGCACAGGAUUCUUUUCCAGGACAAAAUACUAUUCAGAAUCAAGGUCUUUAUGAAGUCCAAUUUACUAGUAUAAAUCAUAACCAAGAAUUAAUCAACAGCCAGCCUGAUAUCAAGGCCAGCGGCUUUGCCCAGCCUCAAGAUGUGAUGACGAAGCCAUUUUGUAGCAGGGCACAAGAUUCAUUUCAGUCCCAAGAUUUGGAGAGGAACCAACAUUUUGUUGAAGUUCCAUCAGUUGUUGAGGCACAAUAUUCAGUCAAGAGCCUGGGGUCUGAUGAACACUUCGGUGAGGACCAACAUUCUGUUUGGUUGAUAAAUUCAAACAAGAUUAAAUAUUCAACUAAGAGGCAAGAUAUUAUUUUUAAGAAUGCUGGAUUUCUAGUUUUAACUCUGAAUCCAAAUUUAGUUGCUGAAGAUAUUCCACACCUAAGGACUGUAAAACCAGAAGGCCAGCAACAAAUUGUUUCAUCAGAAUUCAACAAAGAUUCUGUAUAUAGCUCAGUGCCUCUUUCAUCUACCAUUAAAGGGCAGAAAAAUAGAAGAAAAACACCAGACAGUAAAAACAAACUCAGUCUUAACAUUCCAUCUCUAAAAGCCAAAAAACCACCAACUUCACAAGUAUUUCAAAUCACAGCAUGUCACACUUUAAAAAAUAGGAAUGAGUUAGGAUGCAAGAAUAACACUGACAAGAAAGAAUUACAUGAAAGGAAAGAUAUAUCAGAUGUAGCUUUGCAUCUUAUUUCUGUUUCCAAGCUUAUUCUGCCUUAUAUUAAAAAUUAUUCCAGAAAACAACUAGUGAAAUUCAUGCCAGGUUUAAUAAAAUGUGGACAUUUUCUGCAGAAGAAAAAUAAGUCACCAGCUACAGAGAAAAUCAAUUAUACAGGUGCUGCUGAGAAGACAAGAAUCUUGGGUGCUACUAAAAAAGAAAAGGAGUAUGACAAAGAAAAUAAAGGACUAAAAAAUAUUUCACCAAAAAUGUUACCUCAGCUAGAAAAAUCCUUCAUGGUCAACACCGAUCAACUAAAAGCACCUUGUUUACUAGUAGAAACAAAUGGGAAGAGUAAGGAAUCUCUUAAAGACCCAGUUACACAAGCAAAGGAAAUUGCUAUUACAGAAUUGCAUGCUCCAAAUAGUAGAAAACCAUUUGAUCUUCAUAUUCUGAAGCACAAGACAUCUUUAGAAGAUGCUAUAUCAAAACCUAUGCAGAAACUCAUUUCCUCUCCCAAAAUGGAAACGAACAAUAGAAUGAAAAUACAGGAGGUCCUGCAAAGUUCAGAGAAUUCCCAUCGUCAACUUUCAAAUGGAGAGGAUUUACCAACUAGUACACCAAAAAUGCAAAGGUGCUUUCCAAGGGAAAAUACACAGAAACAACAAGAUUUUUUGCAACUUGUUCUGGAGUUGUCAAAUGUCCAUUUGCUAAUUUCCCUGGGAAGCAAUAUGCAUAAAAGCAGUGAAGAAUUAAAAGCCGUAAAAAUUCAAGUGAGUACAGAAAGUGUAAAUCUGAAGGAAAAUGAACCACUGAUGCUUAAUGUUACAGAUGACCUAAGUGAAAGUGAGGCACUAGAAUGCAACGCUAGAAAUAACGUAACAAACAUGCAUCAAGAUAAAGAAAUGUCUGAUGCAUUUCACAGUGCCGCUUGCACUACCAUUUCUGAACUAUCUGAUACAGAAAUAGAUAGCAGAUUGAAAGCAAAGGCAGACACAUUAAGAAGAAUAAGGGUCAGUCACUCAGUGUCAAAGCAUGAGAAAUUACCAGAUGAGAAGGAAACACAGAAUGCAGAAUACAUUGAUAAGAGCUCUACCUUUAAAAAGUCACAACAAUGUGAUAGAAAGGAAGAGGAGAAAGAAGCAAAUUCAGAGCUGCCACAAGACUUCAGAUUCAGCAUGCAUCUAAAGCAAAGGCCCAAAUACAUCAAAUUUGAAAUGGAACAGAUCAGUUCAGGAAGUAGUAAAGCCCCAAACAAAGAGCAAGAGGUACAACCACAAACUCUUUCUACACAAACAAUUUUGGAGACUAGUCCAUGCCCCAUGAUGGAUCCAUUUCAAGUUGAGAAGGUGAAGCAAAGCACAGAUAGACCUACAGACAGAAAGAGUGCUGCAGAUCCAAAGAAUCCACUUACAAUGCCAGAGAACUUGGCAGUUGGUGAACUUGCAGUUGAAACAACAGAGUAUAGUGUUCCAUUUGGUGGAAACCUCCGAAAGACAAUGGAUGGUCAUACUGUAGAAGAAAAGGAAGACAUAAAAAGAGAUUUACCUGCAGUUGCCCUGGGGUGUUUCGAUAUCCACUUGCUUACUUUAUCACAUCUUAAAAGGCAGAAAAUUAAAAAAACAUUAUCAGAAACAAAAAAUGUACUCAGUGUCAAAUACGUAAUUAUGAAAGUAAAGAAGCCAGCAAUCUCACUGAUGCCUUACAUCAAUAUAUACGGUACUCCAAACCACAGGAAAAAAAUGGGAGGCAAUUUUGAAAUCAUAAUUAAACAGAUACUGCAAGAUAAAAUUGUGGCAGGUGUGCUUCUGAAUGUUAUUAACCCUCACCUGUCUAUUUUGCCUAAUACUAGAAUGCACAGCGGAUUAAAUGCAGAGAAUCACAGUUAUAUCAAGGUAGUCCAAGAGGAAUCCCAAAUUGGAAGGGAAGAAAAGUGUCCAGCUUUCAUUAAUAAGGGAAAUGAAUCCCAAAACGCACUAGAAGCUAAAUUGCAAGAUGAAGUAAAACGCAUCAAAGAAACUCUACCAAAAGUAGCCCUACAUGAUAGCUGGAGCCUUGGACUUGAUGCACAUCUAGCGAAGGAGAUUAAAACAGAGAAAGAAAUGCAUCAGCCAAUCCCAUUCACAGAAACUACUAUGGAGUCUGUUGUCUCUCCCAUAAUGCAAUCAUCUCAUGUUGAGAAUGUGAAGAGCAGUCAAACAACAAAAACAGACUGCAAAUGCACUGCAGAUUCAGAGAUGCCUCCUCCAAUAUCAGGAAAAUCACUGAUUGGACACUUUUUAAACCAAACAAGAGAAAGUGAUGUUCCAAGUAAUGGAAGUGAUACAAGAGAAAUGGGUUACUGUUUUGCAAGAAAAAAGACAGAAAUACCAAAAGAUUUACCAGCAGCUUCGCCAGAGACUUUCAAUUGCUGCACACCUGUUUUGUCUUCUUCUAAAGCGAUGAAAAAGAGGGUAACAUUUGCACUCACGACAAGUACAGUGAAGUCCAAAUGCGUAAAUGCAAAGGAUGUGAAGCCAUCAGUCUCAGAGACAGUCAGUGUCACAAGCCACAGAAAGAAAUCGGAGUUAGACUUUAAGUUUAAAAAGAUAAACCAAGCUAAAGGAUUGGUGCCUGAAUAUCCAAAUGCCCUUUGCUCUCCAAUGCAUAGCAGAUUGCAGAGAGAUUUCUGUCUCUCUGUGUCUCAAUUAAAGCAAGGAGAACCAGCAGAUAAGACAUACACUGAUGUCUUUGCUAAGAGUAGUGUAUUCCAUGACAGAGAGGAAAAAUCUCAAGACCGAGAGGAAGAGGAACAAAAAGCUUCAUUAGAAGCAGCGCCACAGCUUAGCCAGCACCUGGGGUCUGAUGCCUGUCAAAUGAAGGAAAUCCAUCUUGAAUCACACCCAGCACUGAAUUAUUUAACACUGGAGCAAUGUGUUAAUGGAAAAAGUUUGCAGCACCAAACAGAUUUUAAACAAACUACUUUAAAGACUAGUCUCCAAAUGGGUCCUUUAGAAGCUGAAGAAGUACAAAAAGCCAACAAAACCAAAAAUGACAUAAUAGCCCUUGUGGGUCCUAAGAUUCCACCUCCCAAAGCUUUGCAGGCUCCAGAGAAUAGCCAUGGCUUCAUACUCAAUGCACAUCAGAGGGAUCAUGAGCUUGUCAAAUCAGAUGACGGACGGAACCAACCAGGAAAUGCAAAUAUCCAGGUACAACCACAAACACAUUUUACACAAACUAUUUUGGAGUCUACUUCAGGUCCUACACUAGAUCAAUUUCAAUUUGAAAAGGUAGAGAGUUAUGUUAGGUUUUCACCUCUAAAGUCUGGGGAAGCAAAGGUUGAUGAAAUCAUAUCUUAUGCAAGAGAAGGUGGUAUCUCAUCUGAUUCUAGCCAUCAGAAGGAACAGGCUGGUGGGAGUGAAAAGAAGGAAACAGUGAUUUUUGAUUCCUGCAUGUCUGCUUUAUCUACACCUAAAAGGAAGAGAAACUUAAAACAAUUUUCAGACAUGAAAACUUUAGUGAAUCCCAAAUGUGGAAUUAUGAAGGCAAAGAAGCCAUCAAUUUCAUACAUGCUCAAUAUCAAGGCUAGUGCUGGUCCAAACCACAGAAAAGAACUGAGCUGUAACUUGACAACCAAAAUGAAAGAAGUGCAUCAAGGCAAAAAGGGGGCAGAUAAAACAUAUGCUUUCCUGACUAUGACACCUGACAUUAACACGUAUGGCAAGGUGGAGACAGAAAAAGACACACUUAGAGAAGAAAGACUCGGUUGUACUCGAGUAAAGCAAGAUACAUCUCCAAAUGAAGACAGUAUUACUUCAGAUAACAUUAAAGAAACCUGUCUUCAAGAUGAAGAGCAAGAAGAAAGGAAACAGGAGGCAUUGUUAAAAGUAAUUCCACAACACGUGCAACAUUUCAUAUUCCGUUCAGGUCAGAGGGAGGAUCUCGACUUUCACAAAUUAGAAAACCAAGGAAGUAGGAAAAUUCUGUUUGUUACCAAGCAAGAUGUCCCACAACAACUUCAUUCUGCAGAACCAAUACAAGGGGUGGAGACAAACAAAUGCCUCCAGACCCAAAAUGGCACAAUAUGUACAGUAAACGCAAACCUUCCUCUAAAAUCAGAGGACUCACUAAAUGGUGAAGUUCUAAUUGGUGCAAUAAAACAUGGUGUGCCAACUGACAGGAAAUGUAGGGGGGAACAGCACGAUUCAGGUAAAGGGGAAAAGGUUGAGUUUCAUAGAGAUCUACGAGCAACCGUCCUGGAGUUACAGAUAUCGCCACAUGGUGGGGAGGCAGAGAAGGCCAAUUUGACUGAUAUGGAAAGCGGAUCUAACGUUGCAAUCAACAUGAAUGUACAACAUGAAAGGGGAGAUAAAAAUAUUCAGAAAAUGUUGUCAGACUCAGUUCCAUGCCAUAGUCAACACCUCAGUUUCAGUGCACAUCAAAUGAAAGAUCCUGACCCUUGCAAAUUAGGAUCUGAACUGAAAAGUCCAGAAGACAGAAGUUCUUGGAAUUUGUCUCAUAUACUGCAAAAAACAAAGCAAGAAACACACUUUAGAGAAACGAUUUUAGAGCCUAUUUCUAGGUACAUGAUGAAACAAAGUCCUCAUAUGCAAGAAGGAAUAAAAUGUAUGGUAGGUCCAAAGACUUCAUUUCCCAAAACAGGGAAAUCAGAGAUUAGUUCAAUACCAUUUGAUACUCCUUUGGAUGAAAAUCCUAGAAGGAAAUGGAAUAGUUCUAUUUCUGAGAAAACUGCAUGGAAUCAAAAAAACUUAAGAACAGUCUUAAAACCUUUAGAUUUCUCCAGCCUUGUGUCAUCUGAAUAUGAAAGCCGGAGCUAUACGUUAGAGUUUAUGGGCAAGAAAAGUAUAAUGAGUCCCAAACGUGUAACUUUGAAGGCAAAGCAACUACCAAUUUCACGGUUGUUUAAGAUCAUAAGAUAUCCUACAGAAAACCAUGGAAAGAAAAAGCAACACCACUUUAAGUACAGGAUGAAAGGGAGGCAAUGGUACACAAGUAUAGGAGAGGCAUUACUCAGUGCCACUGAAUAUGCGAAGAGUCUACCAUCCAAAGCAGUGAUUGAUAAACUCUUAUUCAAUACAGCAGUGAGGGGCAUUCUGUCUAACAGAACACGCCGACAAAAUCUGGAUGGUCUUAUUGCAGGUGAAAAGGAAGAGGUACAAGAAAACGUAGCUGAAACUUUCUUGGGUCCUUUAGAUUUCCUCAUGCCUGUUUUAUCUAACCCUAAAAACCAGAUGAACACAGUUCACUUAUCAGAAAAAGAAAUUAUAUUGAAUUCCAAAUAUUUACCUAUGAAGGAAAAGAAGUCAUUAGUUUCACAGAUACAUAAAAUCAAUAAGCAAUCUGCCACAAAACAUAGGAAGAAACUUAAAUCCUAUUUAAAAACUCUAUCCAACAGAACACUCCAAGAAAAUCAUGGUCAUAUUACAGAGGAAAAGGAAAAAGUACAGGAAAACUUAGCUGCAACUUUCUUGGGUUCUUUAGAUUUCUUCAUGCAUGUUUUAUCUGACUCUAAAAACCAGAUAAACACAGUACAGUUAUCAGAAAGGAAAAUUAUAUUGAAUCACAAAUGUUUAACUCUGAAGAAAAAGAAGCCACCAAUUUCACAGAUACAUAAAAUCAAUAGACAGUUUACUGCAAAAUAUAGGAAGAAGCUGGAAUCCAAUUUAAAAACCAAACUGAAAGCAACGUGGCAAGGUGGAAAUGUGGCUGAUGCAUUUCCAAAUACCAUAUUCUUCACUCCAGAUACCACUAACAUUAAAAAGCCAAGCAGAUUCCAAACAGAGAUAGACAUGAGAAUAUCAGGGUUAAGUCAUACACACCCAACACAAAUAGAGUCACCAGCUGAAGUGAUAACAAGGUAUUCUGAUUCCAUUGACAAGAGAGGAACUUCCAACUUGUUAAAGGGAGCAAAACUACAUGAUAGAGAAAGUGGGGAAGAGAAGCAAGAACAUCUUACAGAAAUGGGUCCAUUCUACGCAGAAAACUUCAUGGCAAAUACAUAUCUUACAAAGGAUCCUCAUCCUGGCAAAUCAGAAGAUGUGCUUUUGGGAGAAAUUUUUUUCUCAAAAAGUCAGAUUUACAAAGGGAAUGUAGAAAAAAAUGUAAAAAUGGAAAAAAACAAAAAUGGAAAAGGAAGUCUCAAAGUUGGGCUCCCAAGGAAGGAGAAAUCAGAUAACUGUGCAGAAUUGAGUGAGCCAACAGAUGAUGCCAUAUCAAAUAAAUAUGGUAAAGAGAACAUUGGCUAUUCUGUUUUAAAAGAAAAAGCAUUCUGUAAUCUGGCAGGAAUUGUCCCAGGUUCUGUUGGCAGGCAUUUGCCUGCUUCAGAAGAAAUGAAAAGACAGAAUGACAGCCUUCAAACAGCUGACAGGUCAAGUCCUGAAGGUAGACCUUUGCAGGCAAAGCAGUCAGCAGUUCCACAAUCAUUUGAUACUGCAGGUCAUGCUGUUCUAACCAUUCAUAAGGAAGAGAAACAGAAGUUGAAAGCCCAGAAGACAGAAGUAGAGAGAAAUGAAGCUGCAAUAAAGCUAAAAUCUACACGUGUUCCUAUACCUAGUCUACUACACAUAAAAAUGGAGCAAUCAGCUGGUACCUGGGGUAUAGAUGAACAAUCUUCUGAAACAAGAAAUGCCCUAAACAAAGCAAAAGUUAGGGAGAAAGAAGGGUAUGGACAACAGGUUUGUUUUCGAACAGCUCCACAGUACAUCCAGCCAUCUGAGUUUGGAACAGACCAAAUGAGGGACCCUGGUCCUUUCAAAACAGAAGCACCCUUAGUCAGUACAGUGUGUUCUAAGAACAUCACUCCCCAGAAAACAGAAGUUGAUUUAACGGAUCAAGAAGCAAAGAUAAAUGUUGCAGAAGAGUUUAACCCAGAGUCCGUUGUUUUCCCUAAGAUACAUCUACUUCAAAAUGAAAGCAAGAAAGAAUUUAAAACUGAAGACUGGAAAACAAGAGCAGAUCCCAAGACACUUGCCCUGCAAAAGAAACAGCAAGAGCCGUGUGUCUCAGGCACUACCUGGAGUUCACCUAAUCCCUACGCAUCUAUUUGUCCUACAAUCAUAAGACAUAAAGAUAAGGCAAAGACAGCAAAUGUGGAAAGUACUCUGCAUACCAAACAGGUAAAAUUGAAGGCAAAGAAAAUACCAGUUUCCCAGCUGCUUGAAUAUGGUACUGCAGGCAAUCAAAAGGAAACCAGAGGUAACAUCCAGCAGCAGAAGGCAUUCCGGCUGAAUAAAAAUGCAGUACAUCGAGUUCUAAAGGCUGUUUAUGACUCUGGAUACUUUGUGUCUAGCAUUAAAAAGCUUACAGAAGUAAAAAUGGAGAAAAACAAGCCAAAAGACAGGGCAUGCAUUCUUCCACAGUUAAAGCUGGAGAAACCACUAAAAGAAAUGCAAAGGUCAUUGUCAGGGUGUACUGACAUGUCCGGCAUUCUUAGCAAACAGGAACAAGAUAUUAGAGAAAAGGAACAAAAGCACCAAAGCAUUUUAGAAGACACAUCCCAAUACUGUAUUGAACCGUUAAGAAUUAGUUCACAACAUAUUCAUUACAGUAGUUUUGACGCCCCAAGAAUUAGAAAAGAUGGAGAACUUGAAUUUCCCGUUGCACAAAGAGCAAAGGAAAAAGAUAUAGGCAUGGCCAAACAUUCAGUUUCAGUUCCAGUUCCAUGGGAUAGCGAAGGAUCAAAGGGACUAGAUAUUCCGCCAAACUCAAAAGGACAGAAUAUACUUUUUACAGAGUUGGAUACUUCUCAACAGAUUUGCCAGGAGCAAGAAUUGCUGAAACAAGAAGAUAUUUCUAUGACAAACCUGGAGUUGAUGGCCUGCCCCAUUAUGGAACCUCUUCAUUUGGAAAACACAGGAAAGAUAGCUGAGGAAGAAGAUGUGUACAUUAACAGAAAAAAUAUUCCACAUGUAUUGGGAAGAGAAGGAUUAAUGGAAACGGAUAUCUUAGUAGGUUCUAAAGGACAGAAUUUUUUUUGUACAAAUCCAGAGGAUCAGCACGAAGUGCCUACGGUGCAGGAAGGACAGGUGAAUCCAGAUUAUGUUCCUGAAAGUAUUCUGGAUUCUGUAUCUUUUCCCAAUAAGGACCCUCUUCACUUAAAACAGACAGAGAAAACAAGGAAAGAAAAUGUUAGCAUCUCUGAAAGUUUCAAUGAAAAUCCUUGGGAAAGAGAGCAAUCAAAAUUAACUAACAUUACAUUAAAAUCAAAUAGACAGAAAAUGGACUUUUCAAAAAAAUUGAAGGCAAAGCAACUAAGUAACUGUUAUCAGAAUAAAGAGACUAUUCUGGAAUCCAUUUUCCCUUGCACGUUGCAUCAACUUCGUAUUGAAAAUCCCAAGAAAGAAGGCUCAGCAGAAGAAAUAAUGAGUUCAAAAGUUUUAAGCCCAAUGAUAGAGAAGGCAUCACACAAAGUAGGCAUUCCGGUGGAUCAACCUCCAUGUUCAGAGGGAAUACAUUUGAAUAUUAAAGGAAGAAAAGAACAUCCACAAGAAAGUACACACAAGGCUUUUCCAGCAUCUGUUUCUCACUCUCUAAUGGACAUACAUGAGAUUAAGUCAUCAAAGGUAAAGAAAGCAGAUAGUUCAGGGUGCCACAUUUCAAAUACAAAAGAAAUUGGCUUGCUUUUUACAGGACAGUCAGAACAGGAAGAAAAAUGUACAUAUGAGGCUCUUCCAAAGUCUGCACCUCACUCCAAAACAGAUCUACAUCGAUUCAAUGCCUCAAUGCAAGAAGAGAAAUUAGAUGCUAUGAAUAUUCUGCAUUAUGACCAUUUAACUUCACAGGCUAGAGAAGCAGUAAAACAAAUGGAUGUUAUAGUUGGAUAUACUCAAAACAGUAAAAAAGGACAAGCCUUACUCAAAACAGGCCAAAAAUGGCAGUGCCCACCAAUUUCCCAUGAGAACUUUUGGGAGCAUAUAUCUUACCCUCAAAAGCAUCCCUAUGUCCUGCAACAUUUAAUGCCUCAGGAAAAGGAAGCAAUAUCAGAAGGAGGUAAUGUAUCAAGCCGGACUCCAGGACUAGACUUGUUUUCUGAAGAUCAAAUAAGUACCGAAACUAAGGAUGGACUAGAAGGGAUUGUGCCCUUCGUUACUCCAAGGCAGAUGAAUAAUCAAGAUACAAUGCUGCCUUUAGGAUCAUACCAUAAAACUAUGAAAUAUCCAAGUCUCUUAUUUCCAAAAGGAAUGAAAUCAUCAGAGGGGGUACAGGUCUUUGAUUUAAUAUCAAAUAACAGCUCACCCAAGUUGAGAUUUGGGAAGAAAAUAGAAUCACAUAAGGCAAAUCAAAAGGUGCAAAAAGAAGUAUGUCUGCCUGUAAUAUUACAUCCUCUUUCUGUAUCCAUGCCUAUUUUGCCAGAAAGUAAGGGACAGAAGGAUAGCAUAAAACAAGUUAUUAGGAAAGGUGUGAUAUACCACAAAAGAAGACCUCCAAAAUUGAAGAAAUCGGUAUUUUCACAUAUACUCAAUACCAGUGACUGUGGUGCCCCAAGUGACAGACUAGAAAUGCAGUGGAACGUGACAGAGAAAAUGAUCAAUGUGAAACAUAGAAUGAGUGAACUAGAUUUGGUUGCAGCAAAAAUAUAUGAGUCCAUUCUUUCUUUACCUCACUUCAAAUUGAAUAAAGAGACAACUGAUGGGGUGGUCUCAAAUAAUGUAAAAAGGACAAAACAACAUAGAUCACAGGGAGAGAAGAAAGAUAGAGUCAAAGCAAUGGAUAUGAAAAGAAUAAAAAGCCCUAAUAUCAUUUUGAAGCCAAGUAAAUCAUCACUGUUACAUACACUCAGUAUAAAGGAAUUUCCUUUGCUGUUGGAUGUUAUGAAACAAGAGGGCAAGAUGCAAGAAGGUAAAGGUAAAUCAGGUAUGAAACUGACAAACUUGUGUACUUCUUUACCAUCUCUAUCACAUAGUAAUUCAAAUUCAAGAACAAAAGCAGGUAAAGAGAUGUCAGGAAUUCCAAAGGACUGCCUUCCACCACUAAAGCUCCAGGCAUCAUCGAACAUCAGAAGAGUAUCAUUUGCAGAGUCAAUUAAUAGAGAGAGUUUAAGUAAUGUAAUAAAAUUGAAAUGUUUGCCACAGAAAAAUAAGGAAGAUAGAGAAAAUAUAGUAGAUGUGAAAGAUAUAAUGGGCCUCAUAUGUAUCACUUUGAAAGGAAAGAAAUCACCUUUUAAACACUUACUGCAUGGAAAAGAACCACAGCGGAGCAGUAAAAAACUAGAGAAAAUGAUGUGGGAAGAUAAAAGUAAUCUAGACAUAGUUCAGAAUAAACUCUGUGCUUCUAUUCUUUCUUCACCUCACUUGCAAUGGAAUCCUAGAAUAAAAGAGGUAUACAUAAGAGAAAUAACAAGAUUCUGUCUUCCAUCCUCCACAUUCCAGGAAUUAUCAGACACAGUGGAAAAAUGUGAGCAGCCAGUUGGUGAUAUUCGAAGCAGUAUCGGAAAAGCAAAACAUAUACCGCAGAACGACAAAGACAGAGUGGAAAAGGCUUUGGAAAAAAUUAUGCACUCCAAAAGAAUAGCUCUGGAGGUGAAGCAGGCUUCAGUGUUCCAAGAAUUAAACAUCAAAGAGAAAGGGGAAGAGAUUCAGGAAAAUAAACAAGUUGAGAUUUGGAGCAAACCUUUUGCUUCCAUUUCUGUUCUACCUCACUCUAAAAUGGACGCAAUAAAAGGAGAGGAAGCCAUGGGAAUGAAAAUGAGAUCCUCUUUUUCACAGCCAAAUCUCCAAGAGUCAUCAGAUAUAGAGAAAAUAGCAUAUGAAAAGUAUAUUUCUGAUAAUAUCUCAAACAGUGUAAAAAAGACCCUAGAACAUAUAUUGGAAAAAGAACAGGAGAGGCUAAAAAUGGAAAAAAAUUUACCUUUGAAGAAAAGGAAAUUAUCAAUUUCACAGGGAAUUCAGUUGGAUAUCAAAGAGCAAGAGAAAAAGAUAGAAAAUAUUAAAGGUGAAUCAAGUGUGCUUCUGAUGAAUGCCAGCACUUCUAUCCCUUCUUCUCAUUUGCAAUUGGAUACAAGAAUAGAAAAAGCAGAGUAUGUAACUGAAGUAACGAGAAACUAUCUUCCAGAACUAUCACACCAAAAAUCAACAGAGGCAGGGAAAAAAGCAGAUGGAGUGGCCAAUGAGAAUAAUCUCACAACUGAAGUACAAAAAGCAAAAGAUGAUACGCAACAGAAAGAAGAGAGUGAAGUCAGAAUAUCAGCUAAGAAAGACAUAAGGCAUCCAGAAGACAAAGGUCUAAAAGGAAAGAAGGCCCUUUCACAGGACCUACCAUUGAAUCCUAAAGAGCCAAAGCAAAUGGAUCAAGAUGCUCAGGAGCAAGGGAAAGAAGACAGAGAAGGUGAGGAGCAAGGGAAAGAAGAUGGAAAAGGAGCAGGACAGGGAAGAGCUGAUAGAGGAGACAAACAGCAAGGGAAAAUACAUCACGAAGUGGAAGAGCAACAGCAAGCAGAUGGAGUAGGCAUAGAGCAUUGGAAAACGGAUGGGCACAAGAGUGAGAAGGAAGCAGUUCUUUUCCUAUAUCUGCCUUCCGAGUCCUCUCUAACUCGUUAUAAAUUGAACACAAGAAUAGAAGGAGAGGAAGAAUUACAAGGAAUAAUAAAAUCUGCUACUUCGCAGUUAAGGCACCGGAAAUCAUUUGAUGUAGGGAAAACAGCUCACACAAGGUCAUUUGGGGAGGAUAGCUCAAAUGAUGUAAAAACAUUACAAGUAUACAAGCUACAGGAAGAAGCAGAUGGAGAAAAGACGGUAAGUAUGGAUCCUGUAAGGCAACCUGAAGGCACAAUUUUUGAGGCAGAGCAAUUAACACUUCCACAUACACUCAGUAUUCCUGGCAGUGGUGGCUCAAAAACUGGAGAAGUACCAACAAACAUAAAAGAAAAACUGAGACAAGUAAAGGAAAGAAAGAGUGAACUAGAAGAGGUUCUGACAACAGCAUCUCUACCUCACCGUGAAUUAGAUAAAGGAACAGAAGGCACAAAAGAGAAACAAGGAGUAACAAGAGCCUUUCCUCCACCGUCAUGGGACACAGAAUCAUCAGAUACAGAGAAAUUAAAAUAUACAACGUCAUCUUUGAAUUAUAUUGCAGGUGAUUCACAAAGAACAAAAUACGCGGCCCAGAUACAAAAGGAUAAGGCAAAUACUUCUGAGAAAACUGUAAUGCAUCCCAAGUACAUCAUUAUGAAGGCGGAGAAAUCACCCAUUUCCCGUAUGCUAAAAGCAAAGGAACUGCAAGUGAACAUCAGUCAACAAGAGGAAAAGGCACAGGAAGGUGAGGUGGAAAUAGUCGUGCUUCUGAGCAAAACUUGUCCUUUUGUCACUUCUUCAACUUUCCUUGAGUUAGACUCAAUAAAAGAAGAAGGCGAACCAGGAAUAAGAAGAAGCUGUAAGCCACAUCUUGAGCUCCAGGCAUCAUUGCCUUCAGGGCAAACAGCACCUACAAAGCCAAUAGAGAGCCUUGUAAAGGAGGGGAAACAUCCUCUCCCACAGAAAGAAUGCAGAGUACAAACAGCAUCCAUGCAUGGUGUAAUACACCCCAAUGAUGCCAUCUUCGAGGCAAAGACAUCAGCACGUGCACAAGUGUUCAGCAUCACUGAGCACAGUCCUCCGAGCAAGAGAAAGGAGCCACAGUGGGGCAUGAAAGAGAAAGCAGGACAGAAGCAGGAAAGGACAGGACGUUCUCAUGUGAUUCUGACAAAAACUCAUCCGUUCAUGCCUUCUGCCUCUCACCAUGGAUUCUCUCCUUCACAACUGAAGAUUCCUGUAUCAUCAGCUUCAGAAAAAAAUGUGUCUCUCCCACAGUCAUGGUUCCAGGAAUCAUCAGAUGCAGGGAGAAUAGCAUGUCCAGAAACAAUCCAUGAAGAACUUUCAAAUGAUGUAAAACAAUUAAAAGUACACUUGCUACAGAAAGAAGAGAAGGACAGAGGAGAAGUAGCAGAUACCACCAGUGUAGUGGAUCCCAACAAAAUGUAUUUGAAGGCAAAGAAAUCACCUGUCUUACAUACACACAGUUUAAGUGAUCUUCAGUGGAAAACUAGAGAACAAGAGGAGGAAAAGGUUCAGAAAGUUAAAAGUGGGCCACGUGUCAUGUGGUCUAAGAGUCCUUCUAGAUCCUCCCCACUUCACUUUAACAUGAGGACUGAGUUUCAAGAGGAAAGCAAACCGAUAUUAAUAAGACCCUCUUUUCCCCUAGUAAAGCUUCAGGAAUCACCAGAUACUGAGGGAGGCAUAGACAUAAGGCCAGUUGCUGGUGAUGUUUUAAUCCAUCUACAAAAAGGAAAACACGUGUCACAGAACAAGGAAGAGGAUGAAGUGCAAAUAGUAAACAUCAUAAUAUUCCCCAAACAUCAGGAAGAGAAAAUACAGGAAUGUGAAGGUGAACCAGGUGUGGUUCUGACCAAAUCUACUUCAUGGCCAACUCUGUCUCAACUGGAAUUGGAUAAAGAAACACACUUAGACAAUGAAAUUCUCAGACUUAAAAGCUCUAUUCUGCAGAGAAUAUCACACAUGGGGGAGACUGUACGUAGAGAAUCAAUUGUUGAUGAUAACUCGAAAGAUGUUAAAAAUGAAAAGCAACAUAUCCCUCAAAAAGAAGAAAGGGAAAUAGAUACGAGAGGCACAGACAUAACUUUGAAGUCAAAGAAGUCUCCUCGUUCCUGUAUGCUCCACAGAACAGAACUACAUGUGAACAUCAGAGGGCAAGGACAAAAGGAAGAUGAAGGUCAAGAUAAACCACCAGGUAUGAUUCAAAGAAAGAAGUAUGCUUCCAAACUUUUACCACCUAACCUUAAACUGGAGAGAGCUACGCAAGCGGAUGAAGAAAGGCUUGGAGGUAAGACAUCCUGUUUACUUCCACUAAUGCCUUCAGUGUUACCAGAUACAGAGAAAACAGCAGCUGCAGAGGCAAGGAGUGGUGAUGUAAGAAAAGGAAAAGCAUAUAGGUCACAGAAAGAAAACAGGCAUGAAGUGAAUACAAUAGAGAUGAGGGUCAGGAUACGCGGCCAAGAGUCAAGGAGUUCACCAAUUUCACAUAUCCUUAAUGCAAAGGAAUUAGUGUUGAAUAUUAACAAACUGGAGAAAAAAGUACACAAAGAUAAAGACAAAGCAUGUGUGAUUCUGCCACGGACUUUUCUUUCUGUACCAUCGGUGCCUCCUCUUUAUGUGGAUUCAGGGAACAAAAUAGACAAAGACACACCAGGAAUCGAAGGACCGUCUGGUCCACAGCGAAAUCUCCGGGUACCCUCAAAUAUCCAGAAAAUAACAAAGAGAGACUCAGUUGAAGGCGAUGACAAAAACAUUGUUAAGCAAGCAGGACAGUACGUGCCUCACCCAGAGGCAGAGCCACAGUGGACCUCAAACUUCAAGAUCGGCGUUCAGCAAAGGAAGGAACCUUCACCAGUCAGGUCAAGAGAAUAUUUGAGUCAGUUAGUUUUAAAUUCACAGGAUCAGGACGUUUAUUUCACAGGGUUUGGUACCAGAAGAAGCGGAAAAAGGCUGGAAUGGCUCUUUACAAAGAAAAAGGCUCAGCCAGAAAAAUACAAAACAGAAACUUUUACUGCGUUUCUUUCCUAUCCCACAAUGGAUGCAACUAAAAUGUGUGGUCGGGAGGAAGAAACUGAAAUAAUGGACAACUUAAACCAUAAAAUCAGUCCCGAGGUUUCAGUUUCACUGCUAAGGAAAAUAUCUAAGGAACUACACAUCACUCUUGGCACCCUUGCAAGUUCAAAAGGAUUUUCUAUUUCAGAGAGACAUGCUCACCAGCAAGAAACUUCAUUGAAAGUAUCUCCAGAACUUGCAGGUUCAUGCACAUUUGAUAAGCCAGGGGAAGAUGUACAAAGUAAUGAUAAAAUCAGCAAAAGAUUUUCUCCCAAGGUGUUAGCACCACAGACAAAGGGAUCACUCAAAAAAAUAGAUAUCGUCACCAAUUGGAAUGCCCCACAAAAUAUAGAAGAACAAGAUAUUGGCAUGAAAAAGCAAGUGAUGCGACAGUUGGAACAUGGGCACAAGACCAGGCCGAACACUCUCCUUUCUCUUAAGUUUCCACUUCGAUGUGGAAGGGAGAAGACACCAUCGGAAACAGAUGUGGACCAGAAAACAACAGCGCAGCCCAGCCUACAGAUACUCCAGAUACUACCAGGGACACAUAUAGAUGUGACAGAGAUUGACACUGCAAGAGGGGGAAAGGAGCAGGCAUUGCUCAUUUCAGAACAAGAGGAAUGUUUUCUGGAAUUGCUUCCCAAGUCCCUAUAUCCUCCCUGGACUUUUCCACUUCAAUCAGGGGAUCUGAAAGAAAAAGAUCAAACAGACACAAACACCAAUGUAAAUGUAGAGCAGAAACAAUCAGAAGUGGACCAUGGUAGUGCUGUGAAUCAGAAAGAAGGGAAAUUAAAAAUAGGCACAAACAGAGCUUUACAUCUGGAAGAAGAUAAAACGGAGUUGCAUAAGGGCGGGACUGCCAAUCUGGAGAAGGAGAAAGUAAGAAUGGACACAAGCCAUAGUGCACACCUGCACCUUCCAUCUCUAAAGGCAGAAGAAUCUCAAGUGAAGACGCAGGUCAUCACUCAUGGGGAGAAGAGCCGCCUAAUCGUGCAAAAACAGAAAAAUGAACUAGAGGCAUCUAACGCAAAACAAAACACUCAACUACAAAAAUUGUUUCAAAGAAAUAUCCUGGAUUCUUUUUAUUCCUAUGUUCCUCUUUCUUCCAAACGUAAAGACCAAAAAGGCAGAUUAACAAUAACAGAUCUGGAAAGAGAAUUGAGCACCAAAUAUUUAACCAUGAAAAUCCAGAAACACCCAAUUCCACAGAUGCUUAAUAUCACAGGGCGUGGUACACCAAGCAAUAGAAAGAAAUUAGAGUCUGAUGUUAAGUUAAAGAACAUAGUUUUGUGGAGUAAAGAUAUCUCAGGAGUAUUUAUCAGAAGCAUUUCUAUUUCCAUGAUGAGUUCACCUCACCCUGACUCUAAGACAAACCUAGAAAGAGAAAAGGGAAUCUGCCUUUCUAAAUUCCAGGAAAAAUCACCAAACACUCGUGACAUUUUUAAGAGAGACAGUUUAACAAUUGUAAAAGGGAAGCGGAAUUUUACAAGCACAGCUCCACAAGAUCCCCAGCCCUUUGUAGCAGCUAAACAACAAAUGCAGAAACUUCCUAAUGUCAAAUCAGAAGCAAACCUCAGAAGUGAAAUGAAUAAAAAAUACUUAAAGUCGCAAACAAAAGGAUGGGUUGUCUUAGGGAACGAUGUCUCAAGGGUCAUUAAAAAACCAGACUUGCAUAUCAUCGAGCAAGAAGAAAUGAUUCCCAAAUGCAUUCUGACCCCCACAGAGUGUCCAUCUAUGCUUGAAGAGCCAAAGUUACCCAAGCAAAGGGAUCAGAGUGAACCACUGUGGGAUAUGACCACACAAAAUGUUCAGCAACAAAAUGCUUUCCCAGGAACUGUGCCCAUACCACCUCAAGUUAAAAGUAAUGAAGUCAAAAUAGUUGCAGACAGUACAAAUGCAGAACAUUUACUUCCUAUUUGUGAAGCAACCAAAGAUAUCUCUGAAUCCCAUGUUAAAAAUAUGCUCCAAGACAAAGUUUCUUCUGAUAAACUGGAUAACAUACAAGCCUACAAGCCUGAUGACUUGAAGUUAGUACCUUUUCCAGAGGGUUCACAUACAACAUCAACAGCAAAAUAUCCCAAAAUGCAGCACAAACCCCUUUUAGAACAGUUUACUCCCAAAGAAAAAAAUAAGCUUACUAAUCAUUUAGAGUCAAAAGCAUUUGAAAUACAACUGAAUCUGAUGCCAGAGAUGGCAAAAAAAUCUUUACGCAUGUUCAACUUUUAUCCAAAAGGGACUCUUUCAAACGAUAACAGCUGGAAGUUCUAUUCGAGACAUAAAACAAUGAGCUUUAUGUCUCUAGAAGGGAUUGAUACCAUAGAACCUAACUCAAAACACAAAUACCAAAAUAAUUCACCUCCUACCAGCAAUGUGAAGACGCUGACUGUUGAUGUUUCAAGUGACAGUGUGGAGACCACAAAGCUACAGAGUAUUCAUAAACUAGAAAGUGGAACAUCUUCAGUGACUUCUGCUAGUGAGAUGCUAUUGCCUCAUACCCUCCAAAACCACUCAGCAAAAGAAAAAGCCAAACUCCUCAUGCACUUUUCUGUGAAAACAUUGGAGAUACACAUGAAAGCCUUUCCCGGAAUUGUAAGAGAAUCUCAUGCAAUGACCAGUGCUCAGGAGAGAAAGAAACCUCUCUCUAACUGUGUCCAUUCUGGUAUCACAAGACCAAAAAGACAAAACAGAAUUUUGUUACUUUUUGAGGAAAAAUCUCUCCAUCAAAUAGAUCUUGAUUUACAAUACAAAUACCUUCGUUUUCUCCUGGGGCCUCCUGUUGGAAGUACAUUCCCUAAGCCAAAUGUACUCCCCAAACAUAAUAAGUUAAACACAGUUGGAAUGUGUCAAAAAGUAGAUGCUGGUGGAGAAAGUGGGAGUCUUCCCAUUGAUACAGAACUGUUGGAGCAACAUAUUUCUUUCAAAAGGCAAAGUCCCCAUGAAAACUCAUCGCUUAUCAGGAAAUUCCCAGAGCCAACCCUCGUGUGUGAAUCUGACCGUGAUCUGCACAGCCCGAGGAAGAAAGAUUCUCAAGUUCUUUCACAUUCAGAAUUCCACGUGACUCCAGAAAAAGACAAACAAUAUCAUGUAUGGUUUCAAGAAACAAAUACAUAUAAAUCGAUCGAUUUAAGGACUCAGAGCAAUGCUAUUGGUUCAGCUGAUUCACAUGAAACUCAGAUUUCGAAAGAUUUUAUUGAUAUUCAGACAAAUAUUGAGAGUCCAGCUGAGUUGGACAAAUGUCCAGAUCUUGAAGUAAGUGAGAGUGAGGAAUGCAUGUUUCUGGAAGCCAACUCUUAUUUAAAUCGGGAAUCACAAAACAUUCUAUUUGAAUUACAGACAGGCAUGCCUUUGGAAAAUCCCUACAAAAUCACAAGUGAUUUGAAAUCAUUUUACAGUGACGAUUCAGGUUCGCAUUGUACUAGAGGGUACAGAAAGCAAACCUUAUUUAUUACAACGCCUUCUUAUAAGUCCCACGAAACCAGGAAAUAUAGAUCAUCUUCCAAAAUGAAAUCUCCUGACUGGUUGUGUCAUCGUUCAUUAAAUACUAUGGAAAUUCAGUCUAGGUCAUCUGGUGUAUCACUCAGUGAAGAGAAACUUUCAUGGACUACCAGGAGCAGAACAAGUUAUUCUUUAGCUUCUUUAACAGAGUCAAAUAUUAAAUUGCAUCUUGCAAAAAACCAAGACAAGUCUCACAUGCACCCAGAAAGAAAAGAAAGAAAAAAGGCCAGAUUUGAUUUAUUUAAGAAGAAAAACAGUCACUGGGACCACGAUUACAGUUGUACACACAGUAAAGAGAAAUGGGCCAGAAAGAAGACAGUGCAUGAUUAUGAGUCAGAACGAUUGGUUUGUUUCCAAAGCAAACAUAAAUCAACAUCAAAACCUCAUCGUGAUGAUAUCAACUUCGAUUCUGAAAGAAAACAAAACCGACCCUUUUUUUUUGCGUGUGUACCAGCAGACUCACUGGAGGUCAUACCCAAAACCAUCUGCUGGACUAUUCCCCCUGAAACCUUAAGGAAAAGAAACUUCAGAGUUCCCCUAGUGGCAAAGAUUUCAAGUUCUUGGAAUAUAUGGAGUUCCUCCAAAAAGUUGCUGGGGUCGCUUUCGGGGUCCCUUAGUUCAGUUUAUCACAGCUGACAUUACCAUAGCUAAACUCCUCUGAAGUGGACAGCUGGUGGCUGUUGUGAUAUUCUGUGAAAAAUAAAAUCAUAGAACGUCCAA